GAAAAUUGUAUUUAAUUAUUUAUCUUAUAUAUUAGGUAUAUUAUAAACGGGUUGGUACCCUUUGGUAAUAUUGAUUAUAUCUAAUUAUUAUUUUACCUCCGCGUUUGGAGGAAUAAAUCAGUGUGUAAUCUUCCUCCGUGGCCAUUUGGAACAACAACGCUACAUAUUUUAGUGAGUAUGUAAGUGAUAACACAUACCUAUGAUAAUUAUUAUUUUUUGUUUUUAUUACUGUACGGCGUAUGCAAUAUUGUUCUAAUGUCAUUUUGACCUAAUGCAAACCGUUCAUUAUUGAAUAUUUUAAUUUAUGAGAGUUUGGUCAACUGCGUUUUAUUUGUCUACAUCAAGUUAAACGUGCGCUGCAAAAAUUUUGGGAGAUUGGCGAAAACGUAAUUUGCAAUACUAAUCCUAACUGCUUAUAGUAGGUGGUGCAUAUAUGUACGAAAUGGAAGAUCUGCCAAGCUCAAGCAGCUGUUCAUUGGAUUCAAGUAACACAUCUAAGUCCAUAGUUAUUCCGGUGGGUCCACAGUCACCUUAUUCUGGUGAUUUUGGUGAAUAUUUUUCUGAACAGUACUCUGUUUUAAAAUUGGUUCUGUCUUAUCUAAACUAUUAUGAUCUUAAUACACUUCGAGAAGUUAACACUUCAUUAAAAAUAGCUACUGAUAUACUGUUAAAAAAACGUACAUGGAUUCAAGCUGCUUCUCUAAAUUAUAUGCAUGGAACUGAUCAUCGACCAGAGCCCAUACACAGUGGACAUUUUAUUGAUUUAAGAAUUGAACCUAAAGUAUUGUUUACUUUUGAAGGUAUGGCUGGUGGACCUUCCUCUAGAUCCAGACCGAAAAUUUGUAUGCGUUUACGAGAUAGAAACGAUAACCGUUUCUUUCCCAGAAGUGACAUAGUGCCAAAAUCAGUUAAAACAUUUGUACCAAUUGGUGCUAAAGGUAUUAUUUAUCCAGACAAAAAUGAAAAAAAUGAAUUGAUAUCUGUUCAGACUAUGAUGCAUAAAAAGCUAGCACUUCUUUAUUUGCCUACAACUGAUAGUUAUGAUGUAAGUGUAUUUACACGCGUAGUUACAUCCGAUUCAUUUACACAAGAACCAAUACGUGAAUUUUUUUAUAGUGAUCCACGCCCUAUAAAAGGAAUAAUAUUUUUGAAAGUUGGUGCACCACAUAUUGAUGGAAUGAUAAGGUUUAUUGUGAAAAUGGUAACUAACAAUCAGUCUGAACCAUUUGCAUUGUCUGGUGGACAUGUGUCGAGCUUAGAUUAUGAUAAUCCACCAAAAAAAAAUAUUCCUGGUGUUUUGAAGGCAAUCAUAUUUCGUGGAGAUGGUAUACAUUGUGUGUCAGAUUUCAUUGGUUCUACUACAGAUGAUGGAGUACUAGAAGGAUUAAAACACACUUCACUGUAUGUUAACAAGACUUUUGGGAAAUUGAACAUUCAUAAGACAUUCAUAAUGAUGUUUCAGUGUGUAGAUAGACAUUCGUUGCCUAUUGAAGAUAAUGCUCAUAUAGCAAAAACAUUUCCAAAUAUACCAAUUUUUGGUAUGCAAACUUGGGGUGAAAUUGGAUUUAGGUCUUUUAAAACAAAUGAAUUUAAAUUUGCUCCUAAAAAACGAAAGUUAUCUAUAAUGCAUUCAGUUAAAACCACAUACAUGAUUGUUUCUAUAGAUUAACAAUAAUAUCUAAUAAUAAUUUUACUUGAAUUAUUUUAAAGUAUUUUAAUACUUUCAUUCAUCUUUGUUUUUGUGUUUUGAUUAAUUUUUAUUGUUUUUCUUGUUAAAUAAUUUAUUUUAUUUCUGAUUUAUAUUUAAUUGACAAUUAUUUUAAUUUUAAAUAAUAUGAUUGCAAAAUGUUAAGUAUAUGAUAUCACUUUCAGUCUGAAGUUAAGAAAUGAAGAGAAAGCUCUUUUAUGUAUAGAUAUAUAUUAUUUUAUUGUUAUUUUUUUAUUUUUAUUUUAUGAUUUAUAUUUUAGAUAACUUAUUCAUAAUUAAAAAAAGUAUUAUUGAUGUGUGUGAUUCGUGUUUAUCGACCUAUCAAAUAAUUUAUUAUUAUUGUUUUAAAAGCAUUAUGUUCAUUUUAUGGAUUGUGAAAAUAUUAAUUUUGCCACAAUUUGUAAUAAAUUAAAAAAAAAUAUUGUUAUAAAUAAAAUAAUUCAAAUUAGUUUAUUAGUAUAAACAAUCUUAGAACAUUUAUUGUGAAUAAUUUUAGGUUUGUUGAUGUAAUUUUCUUAAAAAUUCCGCAUUCACUUUGAAUUUAAUUAAUUAAAUAUGUCUUGAAUUAUAUAUUUUUACAUAGGUAUAAUUGUAAACACUAUAUUUUAUAUAUAGUUAUUUGGCUGUUUUUUUUUUAUAUAUAUAUACUAAAUUUUUUUUUAUGCCCGUGCAAAGACAAAUAAAUUAUUGUAACUUAAGAGGGUAUCACACCUGCAUGUGUUGUCUCUGUCUUACAAGUAUGUAACAUUGCAACCUAUUGCAAUCAACCUAUUAUGAAACUUGGUGGUAAAAACAUUAUCUGUAUUGGUAUGUUGGUUCUUUAUGAUAGUUAAAUUUUUAGUAGGUUAUAUGUGUAUAAUAGCAUUAAAAAUGCUCAUAACUCACUUAAAAAUUGAAUAAUCGUAAAAAACCAACAUACCAACACAGAUAAUAUUCUUACAAUCAAGUUUUAUAAUGGGUUGAUUCACUCUCAAUUUUUAAACUAAUAGAGUUAAACUUGAUCUGCUAAGCAUAAAUUUGGUAUGUUGCACAAUGCACACUUGUAAGACGGAAAAAACACAUGUGGUGUUGCGUCCUCUUAAAAAUAUAAUUUCAAAAUAAAUGUGAAACCGUGAAAUUUUAAGAAUUGUAGUAUUUGACAGUGAAAUAAGAUACAGUAUUUUUUCACUUGUUAUAAUUUUAUUCUUUAAAUUAUGCAUACCUUAAUCAUCAAUGCUGUUAAGACUAGCUAAAUAAUUAAAAAAUGUUUUCAUAGCUAGAUUAAUUAUGUUAAGACACGAUACACUUGUCUGACUAUGUUUAUAUAAUAUUUUAAAAUACAGUGAUUCAUGAGCUGAUCUCAAAAUGUAUCAUUCCCAAAGUAAUUUUUAUCUUUAUCCUAAUUGUUUUGAAAGACUAUAGUGAAUAUACACUUGAAAUUUUAUGUUUAAUAUGCUCUAAAAGACUUAAUAGUUAUUAUACUCUUGAGAAUUUGUGUUUGAUGUAUUUAAGGUCAUAUAAUUAGUAAUUUAUAAAAUUCCUAAACUAUUAAUAUUAAAUGAUCAUUUAUGUAUAUUAAUAUUGUUUAAGUCAUAAUUUUAAAUUUUUAUUUAUUUUACAAAUAUGAAAUUGUUAUUUUAUUUUAAUAAACUAUUAUCUAUUUAUAUUUUAAUUCCCACCUAGUAGGUAUAUACAGACGCGUAGCCAGGGGGAUUGUUACAGGUGUAGAAACACCCCUCUCAGCCCUAGUAUACUCAGAUUAAAAUUUUUUUUUUUAUUAAUAGUAAUAUUAUUUUCAAUUUUUCUCAUAAACCAUUAUCUAAUCACUUGUAAUGCGUUUGUACAUUAAAGUAUACAUAAAGUUAUUAAUUUUAUGUGUAUAAUUUUGUCAAUUAAUUUUUAAUAACACCCCGCCCCCAUUGAAAUUCCUGGCUACGCGCCUAGGUAUGUAUUAUAUAUUCAUAAUACUAAAUUUAUAAUUUGUAUUAAUGUAAUAUUUUUUAUAAUUUUAUGUAUUCAUUUUUGUUUGCAUCCCAUAAGACUUAAAAAUGUUUGAAUUAUUUUUUACAACAUAUAAUUUUUAUAAAAUGAUGUCGUUAAUAUAUUGUAUCUACAAUAAUUUUAUCAAAUUUGAAUUUUUAAUUAAUUAUUAUUUAAAAAUACUCUGAAUUACAAAAUAACAUAAAGAUGGUUAUAAUUUAAUUUUUAAUCCAACUUCAUUUUUCUCAUCUGUUCAUCUGUUCUUAUUUUAUUGAGAAAAAUUUGUCAAAAUACAUAAUUUUAUUAUUUUUUUAUCAUGUAUAAAUUGUGAACCAUUGGUUUUUACUAUAUCCAAUAUUUUGAUUGAAAAAUGUAUGAAAUUUCUUAAAAACUAUUUCAAUAGUUUAAAAUAAAAAAAAAAACAGGGUUAAGUAGCUUUUACUAAUUACAUGGUCAAAAUUAAUUUUACAUAAUUACUCACACAUUAUAUUUUUACUUAAAAAGUAAUAUUGAUUAUUUUUCACUAGUGUUAAUUAUUGUAAUUAUAUCUAGUAUACCGUAUACCUUGAAACAAAAUAUUGUUUAUACCUAUCUCGUGAAAAUAAAAAAAUAUUAUUUUCUA